GGAGGGGGCGGGGCGAAGGUAAAAGUCCAAGUUGGUCUGUCUGUUGCUGCGUGUUUGACGCCGAGGGAAGGUUGGGGUGAUUGGUUUUGAUGGCUGCUGCUUUUUACACCUUGCCGGGACGGUGGCAGUUGUUGAAGAGGCUCAGACUGGUUCAGAAUUUACCAGCAGUUAAACUGCAUUUAACUGGAGUUGUCAUGGCUGCAACAGAAGCUGAAUUUGAGAAAGCAAAGGAUAUGUUGAAGACUUUAAAGGAUGACCCAGGAAAUGAAGUAAAAUUGCAGAUAUAUGCACUGUUUAAACAGGCUACGCAAGGCCCUUGCAAUUCACGAAAGCCAAGUAUGUUGGACUUUGUCAACAAAGCAAAAUGGGAGGCUUGGAAUUCACUUGGUAAAACACCCAAGGAGGAAGCUAGACAGAAGUAUGUUGACCUCAUAGAAACAUUGGUUUCUGUAGAAGUCCCCACCCAAAGUGAAGCAACCGCCACAGGAGAUGUGAAAUCAUCAUUCCAGACAAUAAAUGUCACAACAGAAAACAACAUCACCACGAUUCUUCUAAACAGGCCAGCUAAAAAAAAUGCUAUUUCUGUUCUGAUGUAUGAGGAAAUUAUGAAAGCACUUGAACAAGCUGCAAAGGAUGAUUCUACACUGACCGUAAUGACAGGUAGUGGUGAUUAUUACUGUAGUGGGAAUGACUUGAGCAACUUCACUAAUAUUGGGCCAGAAGGAAUAGAACAAAAGUCCAAGAAUUCAGGAGAACUACUGAAGAAAUAUAUAAGCCAUUACAUUGAUUUUCCAAAGCCACUGAUUGGUGUAAUUAAUGGUCCUGCUGUUGGAGUUGCUGUCACUGUUUUAGGAUUAUUUGAUGCGGUCUACUCCACUGAUAAAGCCACAUUCCAUGCACCAUUUAGUAAACUUGGUCAAAGUCCAGAAGGUUGCUCAUCUUACACCUUCCCUAAGAUAAUGGGUACUAUCAAGGCCAAUGAAAUUCUCUUGUUCAACAAGAAAUUAACAGCAGCACAAGCUUGUGAACUGGGACUGGUGACUGAGGUAUUCCCUGACAGUACGUUCCAGAAAGAGGUUUGGAAAAGAUUGCAUGCUUAUGCAAAACUACCCAAAAAUUCUCUGGCCUUUUCAAAGCAGCUAAUAAGAGGUGUUGAAAAGGAAAAGCUGCAUGCUGUCAAUACCCAAGAAUGUGAAAGACUGGUGGAGAGAUGGUUAUCUGAAGAAUGCAUGAAUGCCAUCAUGGGCUUCUUUGAAAAAAAAUCAAAGUUAUGAUUUUGUUUCCUCACUAUUCUGUAACUGGCGAUCAAAAACCUAAAUACUCGUUAUGAUUCCAGAACAUUUUCAUGUUACUAAUCUUUUAGAUUAUGUUACCAUUUUCUUCGUCAAACUGCAUUGAUAAUUGUAAAUCGGUCAUCCAAACUGCUGAAUGGUUUUCCUAAAUGUUUCCAGAAAUGUGUAACUUUUGGAAAAUUAUGGAUGGGUGGGAGGGAGAAUUGAAAUCGGAAACAUUAUCAACAUGCGUAAAAGUAAAUAAUUUGUGAUACUGAGUCACUCUUGUACAUUUAAAACCUGUAAUUUUGCAUCAUAAAUGGAUAGUACCAAAAACAAUGAUAAAGCUGUCCUGGCAGUCUAA